CACCAGUUUAAAUUGGCGGGUGGGAGAUCGGCCACCACAAGACCGGGUUCCUUUUUUCAAAAUUUUGACAGUUGUGACACAUCGGCGGCAUGUGGAGAAAGUUUUCAUGUGCAAGGUGAAAAUUCAUCUUCCUCAGAGGCACACCACUUUGUUUCCAAUAAAACUAAUCAGCAGCAUGCAAAGCCCAAAAAAGCCAGAUCAAGAGGUAGUAAAAAGAAAAAUUCAGUAGAGAAAUUGCCAGUGGAUAACAUUAAUGAUGAAGAUGAUGACAAUGAUUUUAUACCUGUAGGAAUGCUUCAGUUGUCCACAGCGAAAAGGCCAGAAAGUAC